GCAGCAGGUGGAAUCAAACUGUCAAAACCAUCAUCUGGCCGGGAGAGUGGUCGGCUUUCUUCUGUAUGGCCUUGUCGAUCGUAGCUCGAGCGAGCGCGUGCCUUGCUUGCUGCUGUGGAGUCGGAAGGCAGUACUAGGGUUGGAAGAGCGAGUGCAGCGAAGGGUCGUGUCGGCUUUAGGCAAGGAAGGGAAGCAAAGCGAGCGAGCCUGCGAGCGAGGGCAGGGCUGGACAGGGCAGCGCUGUCUGCGAGCGGAGCGCACUGAUUGAGCCAGCGAGUUACUGAGUAGAGAGGAUGAAUUUGGCCUCUGCAGAUACAGAUUGACCUGUGAUUUUUGUUGCGGUGUCGUUUGCUGUGGAGCCUUACGACGUCAGGUGUAUAUUGAGAGUAUUGGAGAAGUCCGUGGUUAGCAAGAAUUUCGCCAGAUUAGCCAACUGUUCGCUCCAUGGAUAAUCAGGAUCUGAAGCCGACUUUGUCCCUUGCCUGUAUACCCAACGCACAGCAGAGUAGUAAUGGGCACUUGCUGAGUUCUUCUACCCACCAGGAACAAAAUGGGACGAUCCACAUGGACGGGAGUAUGCCUCUCGGCGAGAACGCAAUGUCGAACUCGCUGCAGCAGGUAUCUACUUUGCGAAGUAAUCAAUUGACCGAGCGUAACGGCGUGGUCGGGGCUUCCGCUCAAAAUCCCCAUGAAAUUAUUGGGUCUGGAGAGACAUCUUUGCAAAACUGCAACAGCCCUCGCAAUGGGCGGAGUUCCAGGGAGGCUCCAAUUGCGCGAGCAUUUACUCCGGUAAAUCGGGCGCCGAAGAGGAAGAAGGAUCAGAUCAUGGCCUCGCCUCAUGGUCGUGUAAGAGAGUCAUCAUUUCGUCCCGUUCCAGCCCGGAACAGCAACUUGGCAACGCCCCCUCAAAGUCCUCAUCAGUUGGGUCUGCAUUCGAUUUCCCAACCUCAGGGUUCUCUGCCACAGAGUUCCCUUAUGUCUUCACAAUCUUCACAGGUGAUGUUCACACACUUGAACUCUAUCACUUCUGAUAAUUCCCAAAAUGGAGGGAAUCAACACCACCAUCCGAACUCCACCCACGAGAACCAUCAGUCUUCUCACCAAAGUGGGCAGUAUGAAGGAAACGGGCCAGCUGAUGCAGCGGCGCGAAGAGCUCAAGUAAGAGCGUGGGGUAAUCAGCCUCUUAGCUCAGUGGAUAGUGAUCUAUGGAAGAUCAUGGAGGAGGAGAAGGUUCGCCAAUUUAAGGGUGUUGAGCUCAUUGCAUCGGAGAAUUAUACUUCACAGGCCGUGCUUGAGGCUCUGGGCAGUCAUCUCACAAACAAGUACUCUGAAGGGUUGCCCGGGAGUAGGUACUACGGUGGGAACAAGUAUAUCGACAUGAUCGAGAAUUUGUGCAUACAACGUGCUCUUCAAGCUUUCCAUCUAGACCCCAAGGAAUGGGGUGUCAAUGUCCAACCGUAUUCUUGCACAACUGCUAAUUUUGCCGUCUACACAGGCCUCCUGCAACCGAAAGAUCGGAUAAUGGGUUUGGACGUUCCCUCUGGUGGUCAUGUGAGUCACGGGUAUUGCACCGUAAGUGGGAAGAAGGUGUCAUCUGCAUCGAUUUUCUAUGAGAGUUUGCCGUUCAAAGUAAACCCAUCAACUGGGCUUAUAGACUUUGAGACAUUGGAGAAGUUUGCUGUAAACUUCCGGCCCAAGCUGUUGAUUUGUGGAGGGAGUGCGUAUCCGAGAGAGUGGGAUUACGCUCGCUUCCGCGAAAUUGCCAACAAGUGCGGGGCAAUUCUUAUGUGUGAUAUGGCUCACAUUAGUGGUCUAGUGGCUGCAAAGGAGGUUGCAAGCCCUUUUGAGUAUGCAGACGUAGUGACAACUACAACUCACAAAACCCUCAGGGGCCCUCGAGGUGGAAUGAUUUUCUACAGAAGGGGACCGAAAGCGAGAAGAGUUGUCUCUGCAUAUGGUGGGGGUUCAACUGGGGCGUCUGAGAACUUCUACGAUUUUGAAGACAAAAUAAACUUCGCUGUCCAUCCAUCCUCGCAAGGAGGGCCUCACAACAAUCACAUCGCCGCGCUCGCAGUUGCUCUGAAGCAAGUCAAUACUGAGGAGUUUAGGGAUUACAUUCGACAGGUGAAGAAAAAUGCUCAAACGCUAGCGAGUGCAUUAAUGCGACGAGGCUGUGUGCUUGUAACUGGCGGUACAGAUAAUCAUCUGUUGCUCUGGGACGUGCGCAAUCGAGGUCUUACUGGAAAUCUUUUGGAGAAGGUCUGUGAACUUUGCCACCUGACACUGAACAAAAAUGCUGUUUUCGGUGACAAUAGCGCUUUGUCCCCCGGGGGUGUUCGGAUUGGUACCCCAGCCAUGACUACUAGAGGAUGUGUCGAAUCUGAUUUUGAAAUCAUUGCGAACUUCUUGAUGAGAGCAGUGCAAAUUGCCGAAAAUGUUCAAAGUGAGCAUGGCAAGUUGCAAAAGGAGUUUCUUAAAGGUUUGGCUGAUAAUAAGGAAAUUAUUGAGUUACGAAAUAACGUCGAGAAGUUUGCGUCCGCUUUUGAAAUGCCUGGUUUUGAUAUUAUUCCGAAGAGGUUUUCGCAGUGACCUGUUGUAUCCAUUGUCAAUAGUGAUAACUCCCGCUUACAGUUGGAAGAUUUGAAUCAAACUCAGUUAGAACGGUGCAGUGUUUGAGAAGAGUUGGUUGUUUCUCUUAACGUUUACAUACGUUUUUCUCCCUCUUGUGGAGUAUAUUCUGAUACUGCCUUGUAGAAUGUAGAUCAUUUCUUUUGUUAUCAUCUGAUACACAGGGGGUGAGUUGAUGUACGGGUGCUGUCACCAUCCCUUUUAUAGUUCUGGUGACUGCCCACAAAUUUCUCACUGUUCCUGGCCCAAUCAGCUAAAAUGGGUUAGGAGCUUUAACGUAUAGUAGAAUAUCACAUUUACGUGUUCUGUCUUGGACUCCGUGAUUAGCUAGAUUGUACAUGAAUUACACCCAUAACAGCAGCGAUGUGAUAUGGAGUCGGGCUAGCAAGCUUGGAUAUUCUUGGACCUCGUUUUCUGUAGUUAGCAGUUUCCAUCACCAAUGUAACGUACGAGGGAUAGGACAAUGUCCUUUGUGAGAUAUUUUUCACGAAAUCUAAACCCAAGUUAUCUCGUG